UUAGCUUUAAUACUGCACAAAAAUAAACUCAAACAAAUGUUUUGACACGGUGGUGGGGCCCCCCCAACCAAAUCUUUCUUAGGGCCAGCGAUAGGCUAGAGCCGGCUCUGUAAAGGAGCCUAAUGUUACCUUAGUCCAAGGGCCUUACAUGUUCUGUUUUAAAGGAUGGCUCUGGAAGCCACAAACCCCAAAUACUCCAUCUAAACGUGAAUCUAUUCACAAUUGUGAUACGGUUCUAGAAACAUAAUUACCUCUACUUUCAUAUCACAUAAGUAAUUUCACAAUUCAAAAUACAAACUUACGGUACACUGUUUUAACUGUUGCAGCCGACACUUUUUCAGUGACAUGUUUUGUGGCGUCUGUAUCGUUUAUACACAGGUGUUUGGAGAUGCAGAUAGCUAAUUAGCACAGGUAGUCUACUCAGUCUUCCGUCUGUUUUCCGUAAACAAGCGCUGUAACAUGGAAAUAUAGCUGUGUGGGAACCCUAAUCCUAUAAAGUGUCCUGUGUGAAGGUACUUAAGGUGUUCACUGACAGAAAGCAGCCAUGUCGUCAACAUCCCAGAAACACAAAGAGUUUGUGGCAGAACCCAUGGGGGAGAAGCCAGUCAAUGCACUUGCUGGCAUUGGAGAGGUGCUUGGCAAGAGACUGGAGGAGAAGGGCUUCGACAAGGCCUAUGUGGUCCUGGGUCAGUUCCUGGUGCUGAAGAAGGAUGAGGAGCUAUUCCGGGACUGGCUGAAAGACUCAUGCGGGGCCAAUGUCAAACAGCAGGGUGAUUGCUAUGGCUGUCUGCGUGAAUGGUGUGAUUCUUUCCUGUAGAGAAGGUUUUGUUUUUUCCCGUUUUAUAUAACGUUAUCCCAAACAUCUAUUUACUUGUGGUCUCACAUUAAAUUUCACCUCAUAUGGGAACACUGCACAUGAGGCAGUUAAGCAAAGUCAUACAUUGUAACACCUGGUUAUUUUAUACUAGAGUCACAAUUCAGAGACCUAUGGAUGCUUAAAAAUUAGUAAGACGUACCUUGCUGCAGUCAUCCAUGGGGUUGUUUCACCCAACUGUGUAGAUCCGUAAUCCUGACCUUUCCUAUGAUUUAAUAUCUUUGGCCGUACAGAAGCCUUGGAUGAGUUAAUUUGUUUUCCUGCACUUUAUAUUUCAAUUUUGUUCUGUCAAAUAACCACUUUUUAUAAUUACUAUCCCUUCAUAAAGUUAUAACUAAUGCUUGUACUUAUCUCCAACUUUCUGACAGUUUGCCCCUGCAUUUAUUUAAAUGAACUUGUCGCUAAAUUAAUUAGUAGCAUUUUAAACCAUUUGACACCACAUGGCUUUUAUAUCUAUAAGAUGUUGCACUGUUAAUUUUACAUCUGAGUUUACAGGAAGCAGUUUUAAGAUUUACAUUUGUAAUUGCUCCAUGUUAUCUUAUGUGUUUGUUUUAAGAGAUGUUGAAGGAAUGCCUUAACGUUGUAAUGCAAAAGCAACAUUUAUCUGCAAUGUACCUUGAGUUGUGGAGCAGUGCAUGCGGAUUAAGAAGCUAGCUACUACAAAUCACCUCAUUUUCAAUCUUCACACAAAUGAAAGCCUGACGUAAAACCACAGUAAGUAGCACUGUUUCAGGAAUUAAUUUAUGAGCAUACUUGUGUUGCUCUCUGUUUAAUCGUUGAAGGAUGGUUUUACUGAAACACUGGUUCAUGUUUUUGCAUAUUGACUGUGAAAGCAUGUUUUUAUAUUUUUCUUUUGAAAGAAACAACUGCAAGAUCUGGACAAUUCUGACUUUGUUUUGUUUUUUGAAAAAAAUAAUAAUAAUAAAUUACAUGCAAAAAUA